AUGACCCUGGCCAAUGUUGCUGGCGUAUCUGUGGAUAAUGCGCGCGAAAUUUUACAAGAAAGGCGGCAGCAGAGGCAGACACAGGCUACGAUGGAUCCGUCACCCUCGCGUCGAGAUUCACAGCUCUCAGCGACACGACUACGCGCGACCAACGGCACGGAACGCAUCAAAGGCCUUUGCCCUGUUUGCCGCAGUCCGAUUCGCGGUGGAUUCACGGGGCCUAGUCGCAAAGGUAUUCUUGGCUUGGAGAUUCUGCUAGGCACGCCACGUGAAUCUCCAUCCUCAGAUACGACACCGUCUAGCAACAUUACGACCUCUCCCACGCCGCCUGCGAAGCGUGCACGACACGAUGUAUCUUAA